CAGCGAAGUUCCCCCCGAAACUUUCUUUCCCCCAAAUUUCCCACUCCCUCGCACACUUCCCUCACUGAUUGUUCAGUGGCCACAACCUUACACCUCUAACCUACCUAUCUACCCAGUCUACCUACUCAGGUAGCAAUUAUUGAACGGUACGCAACUGGGCACCACCAACUACAGUCCCACAAAGCAUUACAGCCAUCAACGGUCACUCAGUAUCAGCACGCCACAAUGCCCCGACCUAAGAAGGCUGAAGCUGCUCGACAGCCUGCACCCGUCGCGCCGGCACCUAUGGUGCCUAUGACCAUGCAAACUGUCCCAGCACAACUCCCCCAGAUCCAGCAACAACCUUUGGCUGCUGGACCUGGCGUCGGCCAGCCACCUAGAACCAUCGGCAUUGAAGAGUUCAUCCGCGUUCGCGACAGUGUCCAUGCUAGAUUCAAUACCAUUACUGGUCUGAUGAAGAGCUUUUCCGAUGACUUCCUGCGUCAAACCAACUUGCUCAUAGGAGAGCCUGCACCCUUUGACAAUGGAACUAGUCAUUCCAUGCAGAAUCUGAUCGCGAACCUCGAUGGUAUAAGUGGUCAGUUUGGCGACCUUGGUGCUCAUGUAGAAGAGAAGAAAGAGCGCAAGAAGCGAACUCAUGAUCCCAACGCUCCUAAGCGACCCCUUACCCCUUACUUCCUUUACAUGCAGACGGCUCGUCCUAUCAUUGCCAAUGACCUUGGUCAAGAUGCCCCCAAAGGCGCUGUGCAGGAGGAAGGUCAGCGUCGCUGGGCAUCGAUGACACAGGGAGAGAAGAAUGCGUGGAACAACGCGUAUCAGUUUAACCUACGAUUGUACAAUGCCCGAGUUCACUCGUACAAAGCUGGCAACUUGGACGCUCGCAACAUGCCUGACCCUGAUGCUCUUGCGUACGCUGACAGCAACGGCAUUCCUCAGCCUGUGUUGUCUGGCGAGGAAGCCUAUGCGCCCAAUGACCAAGACGCCAUAGCUGAACAACUAGCAAUGGCUAUCGCCCCGCCCGCAGAGGUCGAGACCCAGACGCCCAAGGCCAAGGUUACUCGCAAGCGCAAGAGCGCCGCUGCUGACGUCGAGGACGCCGAGACUAGUGCUGCUAAGACCUCCACGCCAGCUUCCCCCGAUAAAAAGCGCAAGCGAGCAUCUAAGGUAGCCGACACCCCUGAUGAGCCUAAGAAGUCCAGCCGAAAGAAGAAGACCACGUAAUCCGGCAAAUGAACUAUAUCCUCGACUGCAUAUACUUGUUCAUCUGCCACUUUGACGUUGGUUUGUUUUCUUUCGGUUACCCGGGGGUUAGCCUGUCUUUACAUUACCCACUACCCAUCUAUUGCGAUAUUUGUGGUCGCAUAUCUUCGUAUGACGGGUCGGUGAGUAUGGUCGGUUAUUUCAGAUGGCGAUCGCGAUCAGUCGGUGACGGUCCAAAAUGGGUACGGAAGGGUUCAUACUCUUCUGGUUCUGUCGGUCUUGUAUUAUGAGUUACGAACAAUCGCGAACGGGGCUCGGAAUGGUCUGCUGGAUUUCGGCACGGAGUUGUUUAGUGUAUCGAGGCUUUUUUUUCUCUUUUUAUUACCCGUUUUCCCAAAUUCCCCAAGUGUACUUACAUUUGCUUUCCGGCAUUGUACUCAUCGAACACAUUGCACCUUUCAAAGAAGAAGGUUGGACAUUACUAGUCUCGUUUAUCUAUUGUGACUUGGUACGCUGUGAUUAGAUUUGUUGGCUUGGUGCGUAGAUAUCCUAGGCAGAUGAAAUACCAGAUGUAAGUGGAAAAUCCCAGGGGUAGGUAUUAUCCCGUACACGCAAG